AUGAAUAACAGUUCUACAUUAACCAUAUAUGUUAUUCAUGAGCCUAAUGGCUUUAAAUAUUCAAUUACUGUUAAACCACACGAAAAAUUAUCGAUUUUAAACGAAAUUUUCACAUAUUCUCCAAAAUUACAGUUUGGAGUAAAGUCAAAGAUAUAUGAUGAAUCCAUGGAGUUUUGUCAAGUAGAUUCUCUCUUUUACGCUCAUCCAGAUAUUAGAAGAUUUUUUGCCACAGAUGAAAUUAGUCGACCGAAAGCAAAUUAUACACCUGAUCAACGUACUAUCAUGAUACUUUUAAUGACAUAUGGAAAUGUACAUCCAAUGCGUAUGGAAGUUGAGUUAGACGCUCAAAUUAGCAGUUUACUUAAAUAUGUUCCAGAUAUGAAGAACGGAGGAUUCAUGAAGAGAGGUCAUAUUCUCAAAAUGGAUCAAACAUUUAGAGAACAAAACAUAAAUGACGAAUGUUGGAUUUAUUAUAUUCCAGAAAUCGAAGAUUUCUACAUUGCUCAUGAAGCAUAUGGACUGAGCACUCAAGACAAACCUCGAUGGCCAAGUAAUUGGAUCAAAACUAUCAGUCAAGGUCCUUCCAUUCUUAUUGAUCCAGCAAUUCGUAAACGAACCACAAGGGAUUUACUCAAUGAUAAUUUCUAA